AUGCAUGCUUGUACGUGUCUUUUGCGUGACGUGUGGUUUUCCUCUCCACUGUUUCCGCCGACUGCGUCUGUUCGUCGUGUGUGUGUGAAGUGUUGGGUGGUUGGAGGAGGCAAUGCGGCAUACGGGGUGCGUGGCAAAUUCACAAUUUCUGUGGGUGGCCGUGGGAGCGGGGGUGCGCCUCCAACACGAGGCGGCUUCGGUGCUGGAACGUCCCUUGUGGAAUGGCGUCGCUCAAAGUCCUCUCGGCAGUCGAAAUGCAUCCGCAGUGAAGUUGUGUUAACCCCAGCGACGUUGUUGAGGCGGCUGGAGCUCAUUUUUCCCGCGGUCCCGCGUGCUGCGGAUCUUUCAAAGGGAGCGACGUGUCGUGUGGGACAUUCAGACGCUCACGAGGGGCAGAUGCCGGCGUUGUCGGGGGGUUUGUCAGGUGUGCCUGAUGGUGUAAGGGCGUGUUGUCACCAGGUGCCAUGGGAGCGUGUUGUGCUUCGCCGUUCUGGGCAUGUGCCGGCGUCCGAAAUGGGCCGCAACUCAUCGUCGGGAGUGGUGCACACAACAGCCGCGGUGUAUGAUGUGAUGGUUCCUUCUCCCUUUUGCUUUCUGCCGGGCGAAACAAGCGUGAUAUCGAGCCUGGCGCACAUGGACGGGGGCGGUGAUAAUGACAAUGAGGCUGAACUGCCUCUGGAUUUCAUGCAUGUUGCUGGUAAGACGUGUCAUCGAUUGCACCAUGACCGCACGGUCCUUCUUAUACGUUGCCCUGAUUCUAAAACGCGUUCUGUAUGGUGCCAGCGAGUAGGUGUGCUGCACCACAUUCCGGGGUUGCCUGACCCCUCUGUGUCAUCGUUGACGUUGCGCGAGUACGUGGAUUUCAUAAAAUCUUUUUCUCAACCCCUCGGACAAUCGACAAUGCAUUACGUGACAAGGUGUGGACGGAACAACCGCGACGCGGCUAACCACAGCAUCUGGGAGCGACUGGAAGAUGCUAAAGGAGGCAACAGAAAUACGGAGGACGGGAUGACUGCAGAGUGUCGUGUGCUCCGCGGUGCGGUGGGUGUGUGGAUCAUUGACCCCUGGCGUGAGAGUGUCUUCUUCGCCCUGCGGUAUCACUUGGGCGUGGAGCACUACGAGUGGGUAUGCUGCCCACAACACACCCUUUUUCACGAGAGCUGCUCUCCAUCCACUAAUCCGGCAACGUCCAUGACACUCGAGGCAAAACGAAUCCUUUUUUCCGACAGGCGUGAGGGACACAGGGCGCCAUCUUUCUUUUGGGCGAGGGCGUCGUUGCAGAGGGCCAUGUUGGAGCCGUCACCACCGAAUGAUCACAGCAGGGAGUUGUCACAGCAGUCCAAUAGGCGGAGGAAGACGAGGCGGGAGGAACGUAAUGCGAAGGAAGAUGUGCUCUCUACAAUUUUGUAUUACUGCGUUGCAGGGACGGCGCUUGGAGCGGAUGAAAAGUCAAAGUUUUUGACACGGCUGUUGGGCAGUGAUGAUGACUUGGUGCGGCUGGCGAGGGUGUGGGCUCCGCUUCCGCGAUCCUCACGCCCGCUGCGUGGCCGGCAGAUUUUGACGAAAGCCGAUGCGCUCGCGGAAGCAAUGAAAUAUGGCCUGCUGCGUCUCCUGCCGUGA